ACACUUUGAACCCUGCGCGUGGCCGGCUCGUCGAUAACCGGGAAUUUCGCGGGAGAACUGUGAUGAUCAAGCUAGCUUAGCAGUCGGGGGAAGCGUUGCAGCAGAAACGAUGGACUACAGAGACGUGGGGCUUGUAACGAGAGGCGUCUUUGACCCUGGGAAACUGAAGGUACAGGAGGACGGUGUGCACUUCAAGUCGGUAAAGACGGGGAAGACCCUGCUCAUUAGGCACGUGGACGUCGUGGACAUAGAGUGGUUGAGGGUGGCGAAGGGCUACGAGAUGAAGCUGGUAACGGUGGACGGACAGAUCAGAAAGUUUGAUGGAUUCAAGGAAUCAGACUACGGAGAGCUGAGGGAUUUCUUCAAGACGACGUGCAGGAAGGAGAUGAGGGAGGUGGACCUGUGCGUGAAGGGUUGGAACUGGGGUGAGGCCACCGUCAACGGCUCUCUCCUCUCCUUCUUGAUUGACUCAAAGAGGGCCUUCGAGAUUCCACUGAAGGAAGUGUCUCAGGUGACGUCGGGGAAAAACGAGGUGACGCUGGAGUUCCACCAGAGCGAGGAAGCGUCUCAGUCUCUGGUUGAGAUGAGGUUCCACAUCCCGACCUCUGUCCCAGGCAGACCCAGAGGAAGACCAGGCCAAGGCGUUUGCAGACUUGUGUUUGACGCAGGCCGAUGUGAUGCAGGCGGUGGGAGAUGCCAUCAUGACCUUUGACGAGAUCCAGACACUCACACCCAGAGGUCGUUAUGCUAUCAAACCCUAUCCGUCUUUCCUUCAACUACACGGAAAGACUUUUGACUACAAGAUCCCGUACGACUCGGUGACUCGACUCUUUCUCCUCCCACACAACGACCAGAAACAAAUGUUUUUUGUGAUGGCGUUGGACCCCCCAAUCAGGCAGGGGCAAACGAGAUACUACUUCAUCAUCUUUCUCCUACCUACCGAGGGAGACGAUUUUGAAGUCACUCUUUCUCUCACCGAGCAGGAAUUGGAGGAGAGAUAUGGAGGGAAGAUGACCAAGCACAUGAGCGGCAGCCUCUACGAGGUCUUCAGUAGAGUCAUGAGGGCUCUUGUCGGGAAGAAGAUCACCGUCCCUGGAACCUUCAAAAAUAGCAACGAGCAGUGUGCCAUCUCGUGCUCCAACCGGGCCACCUCCGGCUACCUCUACCCUCUCGACAAGGGAUUCAUCUUUGUCCACAAGCCAGCCGUCUACAUAAAGUUUGACGCGAUCGUGUCAGUCAACUUUGCCCGGAUGUCGGGCAGUGCGGGGAUCAGUCGCUCCUUUGACUUUGAACUGGAGUUGAGGGACGGGAAUGUUAUUCACUUUAGCAGCAUCAUGAAAGAGGACUACACUCGUCUGUUUGAAUUUGUCACAAAGAAAGAAAUCAGAGUCAAGAACAGCAACAAGGGGAAGCCAGUCCAGCCAGUGGACUACGAGGAGGACGAGACUUCAGGUAGCGAACACGAUGCCUAUCUGGAGAGAAUGAAGGCGGAGGGAGACAACUACGACAGUGAAGACGAGGAUUCCGACUUUGUGGCCAAAGCAAGUGGGAGCGAUGAUGACUUGGAGUAAGAACAUCUGAUUUUCGUCCUCCUCUCCCUCUCCCUUCUCUCCAUUCCUCUCUCUUACGUCCGCCCUCACUGCUAUAUUAUGUAUAUUGCAGAGAAGGACAAGCUUGUACAUAUGCAUUGUGAAUAAGGACGUAUUUGUGCAGCUGUUGUGACUACAAAGUUACAGGAAUAGAACGCAUGUCUAUCACAUGUGACAUGUGCAUGCAUGGGCCCAUAAUGCCCAUACAUUGAAUUUGCGUGAGAAGUUUGCCUCAUGCACCAACGUUGCACCGACUGGCACCGUGGAAAACGCCACAUGAUAUUGUGCAUGCAUGGGCGCCCUGUAAUGGACGGCAUACUCCCACAGAUCUAGCGAAGCUAUGCACACUGUCCAUUGUCUGGUAUGCAGUCAAACUGGUUUUUGUCCUAUAUACUACUACAUGGAAUGCUCUCCUGCGUAUAGACUUACAUAGGGGGGAAGUCAGGCAUUCCUGCCACACCACAGAACAGAUGUUAUGUAUCUCCGUUGCCCAGUACUCAGCCGUGUGUGCGCGCGCGUGUGCGUGAGGUGGGCUUGAUUUAGAGUCGAGUUGAGUUGAAUUGAGAGGUGGGAGAUAGUUAAGUGAGUCAUGGCCUCUGUCAGACCCUCCAGGAAGGCCAAGAACAAAGACAUCAGAUAUGACUCGGAUGCCAAGAGCAGUGGGAGUGAGGGGGAGGAGGGGAGGGAAGACUCUGAGGAGGAAAAAACCCAAGGAAAAGUCAAGAAAAAGGAAGAAGGACGCCCCCAAAGCCUCUAAACCAGCCAAGCGGACGAAAGAGGACACUGGACGUAAGAAGAAGGCAAAAAAGGACCCCAAUGCUCCGAAGAAGCCCCUCUCUGCCUACAUGCUGUGGCUGCAGGAGAACCGCCCGAUGAUAAAACGAGAAAACCCCGGGGCCAGUCUCGGGGAGAUUGGGAAGAGGGCCGGAGAGCUGUGGAAGGCACUUGACGACAAAUCUGAGUGGGAGGCGAAAGCAAAGCAGGCCAGAAAGAACUACGACCGUGUCAUGCAGGAGUACAAGGCCAAACAGUCUUCGUCUCCAUCAAAGUCCCCCAAGAAGGCGGCCAAGGCGGCCAAGGCGGCCAAGGCACCAGCAAGCAAGAGUUCAAAGGGCGGAGGGAAAGUGAAGAAGUUCACUAGUGCAGAGUACAUUAGUAAUGAUGAGUCCAGUGGAGAUCAGGAAGCUCCUGGAGAUGGUGGUUCGAGUGAAGAAGAGUCUGAUUAGAUUUACGCCACGACAAGAACUUCCUAUUGCACUGUCUUCAAUUUCUUUACAAUACUUUACAUUGUCGUUGUACAUAUUCCGCUCCGCAGUGUGCGUAUGCGCUUUUAAUUUUGUUGCUUGAGCGCCGGUUGGCGCGAUAAGCCGGUAAUCUGAUUGGUCGGUUAGGGUCGCGUCCAUCCAGAAAAGAUGGCGGCGGUUGGGUGUUACCAGAGUUUCUGACGCCGUGAGCGAGAGAAAGUAGAAGCUCUGAGAGGAAGGAAGAGAUCCGGAAAGAACAAGGCACUCUACGGGAAAAGCCAUGACCAGGGGAACACAGGUCGCUGGCGCGACAACACCGUCCGGCAGGUCUCGGUCUCGGAAGCAGGCGACUCCGGCCAGAGCGAGGCAUCGACCGGGGGUCCUGGCGCUGAAGGAGAUACGGCACUACCAGCGCUCCACGAACCUCCUCAUCCGGAAGGCGCCAUUCGCGCGGCUGGUGCGAGAGAUACUUCUCCUCCGUCACCCUGCGGGGAUGGAGUUCAGGUGGCAGAAGGCGGCGAUAGAGUGCCUACAGGAGGCGUCCGAGGCCUACCUGGUCCAUCUUCUCUCGGACGCCUACCUCUGCUCCGUGCACGCCCGCCGAGUCACACUCAUGCCUCGGGACGUUCGACUCAUUAGAAGACUAAGGCAACCUGGGUACUAGUCGUUUGCCUUGCCAGCAAAAAGGUGGUAUGUGUUUUUACACUUCACCAGAGCACUGUGGCCGUGUAUCAUUGGAGGGGAGCUAUAAUAUUUAUCUCUAGCACAUUGCAAUGCAAAGCUUGUCUGCUGCACACUGCCAUCCCACUGUAUAUACAAUUUUGUGUUUCUCUUUGAUCUUUUUUAUUUUCUGUACAAUAUCACCUAUUACACUGAUUCU